AUAAAUGCUGAAUUCAAGAGAAUCACUACUCUGCCACUGCAGUCCCGGUUCCUCUCGCAGCUCGACAUUCUGUCUUCCAAACUUCUUGCGCUCUAUAAAAAAAGAGGCGGACAAAUAGGCAAACGCCUAAAAAGUAUAAUGGACCAAAUGACUGAAGAAGAUGUCGACCAUGGGCGUGAAAGUGUUCUGAAGGGCCUUUGUGUGUACCUCAAUGAAGACCCAGAACACCUGAUACGACAGCAUGUAAUCCUCAUCAACUCAGGUAUACCUUUGAAGUUCUCCAGAAACUGGUCAUGGAACUAGAUGGUGGCACACUUUCAAAGAAAGUCCAGGUCCUGAAGAAUAGACUCAAUGAGUAAAGCUGGCCAGUGAGCAUGACCAGCUUAUUUGAGGACCUUGCCCAUUCAAGUUGCUGUUCAUUGUUCUCAUGUUGUUGUGAACAAACUCUUGCAUAUGCUUAGGUGCUGUAAAAAAAGUCUUUCUGUAGUGAGAAUGGUUUUCAUUAUUUAUCAUGAGGUGUUAAGCUGCACUCAACAAGACAAUUUACACAUUUUAGCAGCUGAAAACUUUUUCAAGAAACUGUGCAGUAAAGGGUAUGGUGUUCCAUAUAACACCCCAGGAAGUGUACCCUAUUAUAAAAUGUAUACAUAACUUUGAUUUGCAGUUAAAUUGUUUGUGGAAGUCCAUUUGAAAAUCUCUUGAUAUAGUUUGUGAACCAGUGGAAGAAGUACAGCACCAGUGUGCAUUAACCUACAGCUUUAACUACAACAUAUGGAUCCAUUUUUUGAUAAUGAGUCAUACAUCUACCUUCAAAAGCACAAAACAGAGAAAAUUGAAAUCAUUCAC